CACAGACAUCGCAAGAAAGGCCACAGAUCUUUUCUUUGUUAUGAAAACAGUGAGCAUAAAAAUAAUGAACAUUGUAAAGAGAAAUGCAAGGGAGGAAAGAAGAAGCAAGAGUAUGUCUUUGUUUUUCAUAAAAACAACAGAUCACAUCAGUGUUCUUGCAGACUCUGUUUCAGUGGGAUGGUCAACACCAUCACAAAUCAGGGAUUCCAUAUGGUCAGCCUGUACAAUGAAGUCUGCAUAGAACUCUCUCUCCAGCAAACAGAAUUUUCGGACAUCAUCUCAGUCUUCACCCAUGUGGAUAUUUACACAGUUCUUGAUUCAGGUGGAGGCCAUUUGGUCUCCACCCACUUUGAGGGCCAGUGUAUCAUCAGUGCCCCCAAAGACACUAUGGACCAUGUUGCCAUAGUUAUGCUUCUUUGUAUUCAAAGAGUCAUUUUACAGCUUCAUCAUCGAAUGAUGUUUAUAACCCCCCUGGAUCAGGUGGCAUAUCAUAAAGAACAUAACCAUCAUGACCAUACACCUAUAUUCAGAACUAUAGCAUCCAAUACAAAGAAGAAAAAUUCAGAUAAUCUCAAAAUUCAAAUUUCAAAGAAAUUAUGCAUCUUAGACUUGUUAACAAUCAUUUUCACAUUUCUCUCCCCCAUUUUCACGGAGAACAAGGAAAAUCAAGAGUGUGUUGCAGAGGAGGAACCUGAACUCUUAGGAAAAGGUGGCAACAAAAGAGAAAAAAAGAAUUCUGAUAACAAAUCGUGUGAUGAUGACACCAAUAAAACCUUUAGUGAAGACACUUUAAGCAUUUUGUUCCCUAGCUUGGAAAUACGCCGUCAAGAAAUUGUAGCAUAUCCUGCAACACAACAACCAGUCUUAGAGCCGAUUCUCAACAAAUUCUCUGUUCCUGAAAGGGCACCCUCCAAACAUGACACCAUGGCUGUGGAAUUCCUGCGCCUCUGUACCAUGCAUGACUACCCUAACACUAAUGGACCUAGUCUUUUGAGACUGGCCCAGGCUGGCUUCUUCUAUGAGGGAAAUGGAAAUGAACUUGUCUGUUUCUCUUGUGAUUUCCGGAAAGGAAGCUGGAAUUAUAAUGAUUCUCCCAGAGAAAUUCAUUUGAGGAUGUCUCCAAACUGUAAAUUUUUAUCGCAAGGUGGUGAUGGCAAUGUUCCUGUGCCAAGAGGAGAGUCAACACAAGACCUUGUUCCCCUUCAGAGUGCACCUCCGGCAGGAGUUGUGGAACCUGACGGUCCACGGACAAGCUAUAAUGCCUCGACAUCUAACAACACGGCUCACCUGGCCAGUGCUAAUUAUAGCGACGGACAGGACCAACCAGAUACGACGAGACGUACGAUGGUGGUAAAACACCCGGAGUACGCUAGUCGCCCCGCCAGACUGGCCUCCUAUGCUAAUUUUCCUCGCCACAUGAAGCAGCAUCCAGCUGAUAUGACAGAUGCUGGGUUUUAUUACGCAGGUUUUGGGGAUUGUUGCAGAUGCUAUCAUUGUGGAAUAGGUAAGAAGUUAAAAUGUGUCUGUUGAAAGAUUUUGAUGCAUAUUUAUGGAAAGAGUUAAACUGAACUUUUUAAAGAUUUCUUAA